CUUUUUUUUAUAAUUUUCAAGCCCCAACUUGAACACAUUUUGUCUUUGCGAUCAACAUCGUGAGAUGAAGCCGAGAUGAUUACAUGUCGGGGGUUUGGAUCCUCUGUUUGAUCGCCGCCCUCACACCUCCUCGCUGCUUUUUCUUCUCCAACAACAAGGAUCAUGAGCACAGACGGCAUAGAAGAGACGGACUCGCUGUGUGAAACUGACGAACUGGGUGAUGCAGAGCGCUGUGAGGAAGUUGUCUACGCUCAGGAAUUUUUACCAACAUAUCAGUCCAUCAGAGAAGGAGAGACCGUAACCAAAACACAAGUGGUAGAAUUCAAUGACAAACCUGAGUCGCUGUUCUUCAACGAUGGGAUUCGAAGGAUCGAUUUCAUCCUGGUGUAUGAAGAUGAGGACAAGAAGGAGUUUGAGAAGAGGACCAUGUCCCAGAGGCGCAAGAGACGGCGGGAGUACUUUGAGGCCAGCCUGAUGAAAAUGGGCUUGGAGCUGGAAGCCACUCCAUCUGUAGUCAACGACAAACUAAUGUUUGUCAAAGUUCACCUGCCGUGGGAUGUGUUGUGCACCUACGCCGAGGUCUUACACAUCAAGCUUCCCAUCCGGCCCAACGACAUGACCCCUCGCCCCUCCAUGUGGCGCUUCUUCACCUGCAUAACAAAGCACUUUUACCCCGACGAAAAGCUGAUCCAGAAAGAGGUGGAAUUUUUCACCGCCCCCUUUGAGAAGAACCGUCAGGACUGCUUCUACAUCAAGGACAAAGAUCUUUUCUUCACGCCGUCCAUGAGGAGCAGGAUGGCAUGUUAUAUCUUGAGCAAGGCCCAAUAUGAAAUUCGAGGUAACAUCAUCAAGUUUGGCAUCACCAAGCUGCUGAAUUCUGGGGUGUACAAAGCUGCCUACCCCCUUCACGAUGGCAAGUUCAAUGUUAAGUCCAAAGAAGAAGCUCCCAGUGAGAGGUACCUGCUUUAUAACGAAUGGGCAAAUCCCAAGAACUUCUACAAGAUGCAGCCUCUUGACCUCAUAAGGAAAUACUAUGGAGAGAAGGUUGGGAUUUACUUCGCCUGGCUAGGUUUCUACACAAUGAUGUUGGCAGUGGCUGCUGUUGUGGGACUGGGCUGUUUUAUUUAUGGACUCAAAAGUCAAGAAACAAGCACCUGGAGCAAAGAAGUUUGUGACCCAGACAUUGGGGGGAAGAUUGUCAUGUGUCCUCAGUGUGACCUGUGCAAAUACUGGAUACUGAACAGCACCUGUGAAACUUCCCAAAAACUGUCUAUAUUUGAUAACUUUGGGACGCUGGUGUUUGCAGUUUUCAUGUCCAUCUGGGUCACUUUGUUCCUGGAGUUUUGGAAGCGCUACCAGGCCGAGCUGGAGUACGAAUGGGACACUGUGGAAUUUCUGGAGCAGGAAGAGCCACCUCGCCCUGAAUACGAGGCCAGAUGUAUUUAUGAGAGGAAAAACCCGGUUACAGGGAUCACAGAAAAAGUUCCAUUCACAUCCUGCGGGCGGUGUGUUCGAAUCUCGAUAGGAAUUGGGACCGUCUGUUUUUGGAUUAUGUUGAUCCUGGCCUCUAUCGUGGCUAUCAUUGUGUACCGCCUGGCUGUCUUCAUCACCUUUUCCUACCAACUCAGAAAUAACAAUCUGAAGAACUUGGAGCCAAUAAAGGAGUAUGUGACGCCGCAGAUGGCCACAUCUGUCACUGCCUCCCUCAUCAGUUUUGUGGUGAUCAUGAUCCUCAAUAUUCUGUACGAGCGUGUCGCCAUCUGGAUUACAAACUUCGAGCUUCCACGCACCAGGACAGACUAUGAAAACAGCCUGACGAUGAAGAUGUUCCUCUUUCAGUUUGUCAAUUACUACUCCUCUUGUUUCUACAUUGCUUUUGUGAAAGGGAAAAUAGUCGGUUACCCCGGGAAGCCUGUUAAACUCCUUGGAGAAUAUCGAAGCGAGGAGUGUGAUCCUGGUGGUUGCCUCAUGGAGUUGACCACUCAGCUCGCCAUCAUCAUGGGUGGGAAAGCCAUCUGGAACAACAUCCAGGAGGUUUUGCUCCCGUGGGUAAAGAACUGGCUUUUCCGGCGCUGCGGCUCCAACGUCACAGAGAAGGUGACUCCUCGCUGGGAACAGGACUACCAGCUCCAGGCCAUAUCCCAGCUGGGACUGUUCUAUGAAUAUCUUGAGAUGGUGAUCCAGUUUGGAUUUGUGACCCUGUUCGUGGCUUCCUUCCCUCUGGCUCCAGUUUUGGCUCUGAUCAACAACCUGUUUGAGAUUCGGGUGGAUGCUUGGAAAUUCACCACUCAGUCUCGCCGCAUUGUUCCGCAGAAAGCCCAGGAUAUUGGUGCCUGGCAGCCCAUUCUCCAAGGCAUUGCCAUUUUGGCUGUUGCAACAAACGCCAUGAUCAUCGCCUUUACAUCGGACAUGAUUCCUCGAUUGGUCUACUACUGGUCCUUUUCCGUGUUUCCGUAUAGCGAUAACACUGAGCACACCAUGCGUGGUUACAUCAACAGCUCCCUGUCUGUGUUCAAUAUCAGCGAUUCACCCUUUGAUUUGACAGACAUCGCUAUGUCUGCUCCCUCCAACCUCACUACCUGCAGGUAUCGGGAUUUUCGCUACCCCCCUGGACACCCCUGGCAGUAUGAACACAACAUCCAAUACUGGCACGUGUUGGGAGCCAAAUUGGCUUUCAUAAUUGUAGUAGAGCACAUCGUUUACUUGACCAAGUUCCUCCUAUCCUACGUGAUCCCGGACGUCCCGUAUGCCGUCAAAGAACGAAUUAAACGGGAGAAAUACUUGACCCACGUUAUUCUCCACGAGACCAGCCUGAAGCUGGUGACCAGACGUUUAAAGCCACUCAUAGAUGACAAAAUCAGCCAUGAUGCCACAAACUUCAACAAGGAGGAGAUAGAGAUGAAGGCUACACUGACCCCAAUAGAGGAAAACAACUGACACAUUUUCUACAUUGACACAUUGCUUUUGGAUUUGUUAUGUGUACAAAUAUUUGUUUACUAAUUGCUCAAAAGUGAAUGAACAAAAUUCAAACAUUGCUUCUCUAUUUCUUUAAAGAAAGCAGUCUGGAAAAAGCAUAUAAUUUAUAUGUAUGUCCUAUUGCACUUACAGAGAUAAAGAUAUAUCUGCUUUAAUAAAAGCAGAAGCAACAUUUUGGCUAAAAGUCAGAAAAGCUCAGAUUUAUCCACCUUCCAUAAAGUUAUAAUUAAGCGCUCUGUCCUUAAAGCCACAUUUCAGCAGGUCAGCGUAAGCAGAGACACAGUCUUAUACCUGCUGCAUUUGUGCUUUUGAUUUGUUUGACCCUCUUUAUUUUAAACAUAGUUUGACAAAUAGGUGGCAGUUUAGCUCGGGCGGUAGAGCACAUCGUCCAACAACCAAAGGGUUGGCGGAUCCAUCCCCGCUCUCCCCAGCCAGCUGUCGCCCCCUGAGCGCAGCCCCCCAGGGGAUGGGCCAAAAUGUGGAGAAGAAUUUCCCCAUUGUGGGAUAAAUAAAGUAUCAAUUAUUAUUAUAUGUUUUAUAAGUAGCCAACCACCCUUUUUUUUAAAUUAGCUCUCUAUAUGUCAAAAUACAUUUUAUAAACAAAUGUAAAGUUCAUUUUGCUUAGUUGCUAAACCUGUGAAGAGACAACAGUUUGCUGCAGACCUCUGGUUCUCAGAUUUAUUUGUUUAUCCUCAUGUUAUUUUAUUCAACACUUGUGUUUAAUAUUAUAUGAUUUAAUGAUUCUUUUUGAAAGAAUCAGAGCCCAGCAUCAUGACCACUAAUAUAAGGCUACUUAUUGUCAUGAAAAUGUAUUUUUUGUGUGACUGUGUAAUGACCAAAGCUGUAUUAUAGCUUAUCAUAGUCUUUGUCAAUUGUACUACUGUUAUUAAAGCUACAUUUGAUAUAUUUUAAUACUUUUUUUUAAAGGUUCGACAUUUUUUGUCAUGUCAAAGUGAACUGUCAAAGAUUUAAUAUUUUUACUUUAAUUUGGUAUUUCAUCUAAACAUUUGGACUGUAAACAAGUGUUUCUUUUUAUUUAUUUUUAAAAACAAUCUCAAGUUGAGUUUUCACAAUACUAUGACAGAUAUGCAAACACAUCUUUCCUGCCCAUUAAACUAAAGCAGUUUUCUGAGCAUUAAGAUGAAAAUGUAUCUAUUUUUGAUCAAAGCGUUUGAGGACUACAAUUUCUGGACUGUCUUAGAAUCAGUAUCUCCACAUCCCUCCCACUUCAGGAAUGACAUCAAAUAAAAAAAAAAAUUCAGCAACAGUAUCCUUUCAAAGACUUAAAGUGCCACUGAUACUGUGGUAUCAAAAAUGUAUGAAAGAUAAUUUAAAUCAAAACAUUUUUUAUACAUUGAAUGUCUUAGAAAUUGUCUUGAAAGAUUUGUCUCAUGAAAACAAGAAAAUUUACCCAAUAAAACAGCAUAAAUUGUAAUACCAACAC